UGCCGGCAGGGGGCGCCGGCGCGCACAGCCGCAGUGGCGGGCGGUCCCGCGGGCCCCGCCGCCGCCGCCGCCGCCGCUGGGCCGGGCCGCGCCAGGAGCGGCGACACCGGGCGAUGAGAUGACAACGCCCACCCUGCAGAAAGCCAUCGACCUGGUCACCAAAGCCACCGAGGAGGACAAGGCCAAGAACUACGAGGAGGCCCUGCGGCUGUACCAGCAUGCCGUGGAGUACUUCUUGCACGCCAUCAAAUAUGAGGCUCCCAGCGACAAGGCGAAGGAGAGCAUCCGAGCCAAGUGCAUGCAGUACCUGGACCGGGCGGAGAAGCUGAAGGAGUACCUGCGCAGCAAAGACAAGCAGGGCAAGAAGCCGGUCAAGGAGUCCCAGAAUGACAACAAGGGGAGCGACAGUGACAGCGAGGGCGAGAACCCCGAGAAGAAGAAGCUGCAGGAGCAGCUGAUGGGUGCCAUCAUGAUGGAGAAGCCCAACGUGCGGUGGAGUGAUGUGGCCGGUCUGGAGGGAGCCAAGGAAGCCCUGAAGGAAGCCGUGAUCUUGCCCAUCAAGUUCCCGCACUUGUUUACCGGGAAGCGCACGCCCUGGCGAGGGAUCCUGCUCUUCGGGCCCCCCGGCACCGGCAAGUCCUACUUGGCCAAGGCCGUGGCCACCGAGGCCAACAACUCCACCUUCUUCUCCGUGUCAUCCUCGGACCUGAUGUCGAAGUGGCUGGGAGAGAGCGAGAAGCUGGUGAAGAACCUCUUUGAGCUGGCGAGGCAGCACAAGCCUUCCAUCAUCUUCAUCGACGAGGUGGACUCGCUGUGCGGCUCCCGCAACGAGAACGAGAGCGAGGCGGCCCGGCGCAUCAAGACGGAGUUCCUGGUGCAGAUGCAGGGUGUGGGGAACAGCAGCGAUGGGAUCCUGGUGCUGGGUGCCACCAACAUCCCCUGGGUGCUGGACUCGGCCAUCAGGAGAAGGUUCGAGAAGCGCAUCUACAUCCCGUUGCCCGAGGAAGCGGCGCGGGCCCAGAUGUUCAAGCUGCAUCUGGGCAACACCCCGCACUGCCUGACGGAGGCCAACAUCCAGGAGCUGGCCCGGAAAACGGAUGGCUACUCGGGGGCUGACAUCAGCAUCAUCGUGCGGGACGCCCUGAUGCAGCCCGUCCGCAAGGUGCAGUCGGCCACCCACUUCAAGAAGGUCCGCGGUCCCUCCCGUACCACCCCCGGCGCCUUCGUGGACGACCUCCUGACACCAUGCUCGCCCGGUGACCCGGGUGCCACCGAGAUGACCUGGAUGGAGGUGCCCAGCGACAAGCUGAUGGAGCCCAUCGUCUGCAUGUCGGACAUGCUGCGCUCGCUGGCCACCACCCGCCCCACCGUGAACGCUGACGACCUCCUGAAGGUGAAGAAAUUCACGGAGGACUUUGGACAGGAAGGUUAAGGGCGGCAGGGGGGGUGGGGUGGGGAUUGGGGGUCCCUGCCGCACGCCCCCCCCACUCCCGCCCCGCCGGCCGUGCCAAACAGGUUCAUCUUCCGCUCACUACUCACCCCAUUGCACCGCAGCACCCAGCGGGGCGCGGGGAGCACGGCCUGGGGGGGCUGACACUAUUGGGGGGGGGGGGCGGUGUCUGAGCAUGGCCUGGGUGGCCGGGUGCUCCCCCUGGCCCUGCCCCACUCUUCUUCCUGCUCUUUUUUAUUUUUUAAAUUAAUGCUGCUUUGGGUUCUGUCUUGUUUAUAUGAAAAUAAAAACAAUCUGAAAGCUUCA